UUAGUACUAGUAGUGUUCUGACAAAUCUCAGCCUAGGUGGUGUCGAUAUCUAGUUUCCCGCAUUUUGUAUUCAUCAAUUAUAGUGCUUUUUUUUAGUGAUUAUUCUAGAACAUCAACGAGAACUCAAGUUAGACGUUAGAAACCCUUUCAAAGCUGGAUAGUUAGACGUGAGACGAAUAUGACUGUUAUCUUUAAAAAUUAAAAAUAAAAGUAAAAAAUAAACAUGUUAGAAAUGCUUUUUGGACGCAAGAUGAGCUUUAGAGUUUUACUUCUAGUUUUAUCAGUGUCAACUACGCCCCUGGCGAGGGUAUCUACGACCUAAUCAUCAAAGGAACCUCGUAUGAACGGGAUAACGGAAACUUUGAGUGCCGUAAAGUUGAAUCUGGGAGCGGAAAACGUCUCCAUACCAGCACUGUGGAGCUAGUAGUUCUCCUCCCCCCCGGAGCUCCAAACCUGAGUCCUGCCAACCCUAUCCUGACAGAAUCCCGCCCAUUCAACAUCUCCUGCGCCUCAACCGGAGGUUCUCCGCCCCCUGUUAUAACCUGGUUCAAGAAUAACGAACCCGGAGACUUCAACGUGGUUUACGAGGCCUCGCGCACCCGUGACCAGCCUAGUAUUAGUACCCUGAUAGUGUCUCCGAGUAAGGAAGAUGAUGGGAGUGAGUUCAAGUGCUCUGUAUGGAACAGAGCUAUUGCUAAAGAACAAACUAUGGAAGAAAAAACAACAAUAUUUGUAAAUUAUUUCCCGCGUAUAACUGUUGGUCCUGAAAACCCGGUCCGCGUUGAACGAGAUGAGACCGCUGAGCUCCACUGCGAUGUUGACUCUAAACCCUCUGUGACCGAGGUCAAGUGGAUGAGAAAUGACCGGUUUAUCAACGUGAACUUCAAGCAUCUAAUCCCGCGGGCAAAUCUGAAGGAUGCGGGCACCUAUAAAUGUCAGGCUGACAACGGACUUGGAGAGAUUGGCGAACAGGAGCUGGAGCUUGAUGUUUUGUUUGCCCCGGAGGUUUCUGUACCAGCUAUGCGUGAGUUUGGAGAAAAUGAGGAAAUUCUGAUCCAUUGCAAUGUAACUGCCAAUCCGCCAGCACACUCAGUUGUUUGGUCCAAGGCGGAUGAUCCCGAGUUCCGCCAAGUUGGGUCUCCCCUCCGCCUUCCCGGCUCCAACUCCGCCGCACAGAACAAUGGUUUGUACACUUGCACCGCCACGAACGUGAUCCAGCCGACCAACAAGCAGAAGAUGGAACGAACUGGGAACGCUACAAUCUCUAUUGCCGUGAAACAUGCUCCAGGGGCAACCUUUAUCCUCCCAGAGAAACCAACUGUACUGGAAGGUGGACGGGUAACUAUGGAAUGUGGAUCUAAACCUCCUGGUUAUCCUUUACCUGAGAUCACAUGGUGGAAGGAUGAGCGAAGCAUAGUUGCUACAGGGUCCUCCUUUACCCUUGAUGCUGCUAGGUUGGAUAGCGGUGGUAAAUACUACUGUCAAGCAACUAACAUAAUGGGAACAGGAUCUGUUGCUGAAACCCUUCUCCAAGUUUACCAGGAGCCUAAACUUGAUAUUAAACUGAAAAGCACAAUCGUUAAACGUAGUGGUGACACUGGAUAUCACAUUGCUUGCUCCGCUAUUGGCAAACCUAAGCCUAAAAUCAUGUGGUUUAAAAAUGGUGUAGAGAUUGACGGCUCAACUAGUAAUCUGUAUCAGAUUACAGUCCCUGAGCAAGAAGUUCGCUCUAAUGAAGCCUACAAUGUUCUCUCUACUUUGAAGUUUGUUGGGCCCGACCGAAUCUCGAAAGAUCACCUUAUGGCCACUGACAGGGGAGAGUAUACUUGUAGGUUUGAAAAUGAGGUUGGGGUGGCAGAAUCAGUUAUGCUCCUUAGAAUUGAACACAGUCCAGUCGUCAGGCAUCAACAUAACAAAGUAGCAGCAGACCAAGGAGAGACGGCUGUGAUUGCCUGUAGAAUGCAGGCCUAUCCGAGCAUCAGGUUUGAAUGGUCGAAAGGAAACUCUCUUCUGACAGAUCGCCCCCCACAUAGUAUGACCAUGACCGAACUUGGAGAUGAUAUAUUUGAGGGAGUCCUAACAAUUUCACACGUUGAUGAUUCCACUUAUGGCGAGUAUGCAUGCAAAGCAUCAAACCAACUUGGAGCACAGAAAACUCUUAUCACUCUUCAACCUAAAGGUAAACCGGAGAAGCCUCGAGAUGCCCGAGCAGUUGAGGUAUUCUCGGACUCCUUGAUGCUAGAGUGGGAUGAAGGAUUUAAUGGAGGGUAUAACAAAACUACGUAUAACGUUGAAUACAAGAAGAUUGGAGGUGGUAGCGCCCAGUACUCAGACUGUAGAUGGAGAAAUCCUUGUAAUAUUACUGGACUUGAGCAGAACACUAAAUAUCAGUUUAAAGUCAAAGCUGUUAAUAUCCGAGGAGAUUCUGAUUGGUCUCGAGACAUAUCUGUUACUACUGCCGUAGAUGUCACCAAAAUACCGCAACCUGAAGAAAUAUUCUAUGAAUCCUCAUCCAAGACAGUGUUCUUUAAUGUCGUAAACUAUCCCAUGGGACUGGUCGCCAAGAUCGAACUCCAGAACCCCGACGAGACUUGGAGACCACAUGCCCGGUUAGGAAUGAACGAUCGAACCUACGGACAGAUGGAUAUUGCAGAACCAGAUAUUACCGGUAUCCGAGUUCGACUGUGCCUGGGUACGGAUGAAAGCCUCUGUGGAGAAUAUGGAACUGCUGAGAUUGUUGAAGUCCGUGAAACCAAAUAUUCCACAGCUGGCCUGCCCAUAGAAGGUGUGAUUGCCAUAGCAAUCUUUGCUGUUCUGCUGGCUAUAGCUGCCAUAGGUCUUGUCAUAAAAUGCUGUUUCUGCUCUACUCCUAAACCCAAAAAAUUAACUAAGGAUGAUAUUGCGGGACCCAACAGGCUUCAGAACAACCACAACACCUACAACUACGACAACAAGGGUGUUAGUGCCAAGGACACCGCGGACUCCCCUGAUGUUAUCAAGUCCCAGAUGUACGGUUACAAUUAUGCACCCUCAGUUGCUACCGCCCAGACCCCCGCUGUAGGAUAUGAUCAGAGCUCUUCAACUUCAAACAAUGGUGGCUCUGUAAAUUCUCAGGAUUCAUUGUGGAACGUGAAGCACCCUGUCACUGGUAUGCCCGUGGACCCCAGUGUUAACGGUUACAUUGGGGCCGGGUACUAUGGAGAACAGUACACACAACAGUACAAUCAGUAUAACCAGUACAAUCAACCACAACAACUACAACAACAACAAUACAAUUACGAAGAGUAUCCACACUACCCCAACCCUGAGGAAUAUAUUGGAGAUAGAAACAGAGCUUAUUAUCCUAAUGGAGAUGUGUACGCUAUGACCAACAAAUCCAGAUCGAGAUUAGAUUCUGACUAUUCCCCCUAUGGAGAUGUUUCCGGGCUUCCCGACCCCUACACAGGACAUGAUAUCUCAGACGAGCUGAGGAACCAGGACAUGUCCUUGUCCCAGGACGACUCCGCCCCACCCCCCGAGGGGUAUUCCACCCCCUCCCGGAGGGUCAUACGCGAGAUUAUCGUCUAAGAUCUUGCGCUUCUGUGAUCUGAGAAUACUCAAGUCUGUGAUACUAAAUAUUUAUCAAAGAAGUGAUCGAUCAAUCGAUCCUUUAAAUACCUGUUAUGAAAGAUCGAUGCUCUUCUUUCUGAACAAUAGAAUGCAUUGAAUUUCCUCGAGCGGCCAUUUUUUAGAAAAAAAAUCCGUGAAUGUGUGAUCAGCUGACUUGUAAUGGCGGAUUCUCUGAAAACUAUGAUUUCACAGCUGAAUCCAUCGUCGCUAUUUUUCUAAAUCUACACAAUAUUAAAAUGUGGGAAACGUUACUUAUGACUUGCCAAUCUUAUCGUGUUUCCUAACCCCACACUUAAUCCAUAUAAUCCUUAAAUAAUCGGAUUAUGAUAUAAAAUGUCGGAAAAGACUUGACAUUGUUAAUUUUGCUCAUUUUUUGGUGAUCUCAACCCCGUCUGUAAAAUUAAACCGUGGGAACUCGAUGAUUUGUCUUAACUUAUUGAUUUACCUGUAAAUAAUCUUUACAUAUUGUAAAUAGUUUGGACUUGUGAAAAUUUAUUGUAAUUUCCAGACCGUUACCUUAUCUAUCCUAGGACCGAAUAUUUUAAUAUUUUCUCCGCUCUGCUAAUCACAGAAGAUGAUAAACCGGCGGGACCCGUCAAAUAACUUGUGAGGACAAAAUGUUUUGACUUUACUGACACAUGUCGCUACAGGAUUUUUUGAAGGACCGGUCGUAAACGGCCUCCUAGGGGGGCGUUAAAGCUCCGACACUCGGCUCUUAAACUUAUAUUUAAAAUAGUGUGUACCUUCCCAUCUGGACACUUACAUACACGUUUGUUUUUUACCAAUGAUUUUUCCGUCAAAAUUGUUGAAAACUAGGCCGGUUCAUGUUCGUUGAUAUUUAAACGAUUAUUGCUUAAAAAGUGAUACCUUCACUCCAUUUGUUUGAUUGAUGAUGGUUCGUAAUUUAUGGGAUCAGAAGAAAUUGUUUCAAAUUAUACAUCUUAUAUACUCUUUCCUAUACAGGAUGAACCUGUCUGCUUAACCCCCCCCCCCCCUCAAUUAGAACUUGAAAAUCGAAAGCGUCAUUACACGCAUUUGACCCGAUGCGACUUAACGCCCGUUGUGAAAAAUUUUUUUGUCGAGCUUUUUGUUAAAUGCGCGGUAAAUCUGUGGAGAUAUGAAGUACAAAUAUUGUAUCGAACUAUUGUUAUAAAUUUAUUUAGAUCAAUAAAUGAAUAUUUGAAAAUUA